AUGGAUCCUGUAUCGAUCCUCAGUGUUGUCUCUGCUAUCAUCACAUUCAUUGACUUCUCCUGGAGCCUUGUCACAGGCGCUACAGAAGUUUAUCAAAAUCCUCUAGGAACAAUUGACAACAAUGCCUACAUCAAAGUAGCGAAACAGUUACAGGUAGUUUCUGCAAACCUGAAAACAGACUUCCCAGGGGAUAGCGGCCCAGAGAAACAUAUCAGAGAGAUCGCCGAUGCUUGCUUUGAAGAAUCAAAGACAUUGAUAGGCUUAUUAGAGAAGUUUAGAGCUCGACAGAAAAAAUAUUGGUUCUUUCUUAGCUUGAAGAAAUCUUGGCAGAUGUGGAAGACUAGUGGAGAUGUAAAGAAAUCAAAGGAUAGAUUGCGAGAAUACCAGUCGCAGAUAAUGCUUCAUUUUAUGUUGAUGCUUCAAGACGAAAGUUCUCAGAUGACAAAACAUCUUAGAUCCGUGGAAGAAACUUGUAAACAUCUCAUGAUUGAAUUCCCAAAACAGUUCGACACCUUCCGCGAUGAGCUCAUUCGAGUAUCUAAAGAAUACGUCCAGUUUGAUGCUGUUUUAACUACUAGAACAUUAGCUCUGAUCCGUGAUAUUCAAGAAAAGAAUAAUGAGAUUAGUGCGCAGAAUUAUAUUCUACAAAAGCUCAACUUCAAGGACAGGUGUCUACGACACGAGCAGAUCCAUACGGCAAAUGAAGACACAUGCGGGUGGAUAUUCGGUUAUGAUCUUCCGGGUCAUUCCAACAGUCUUCACAGCACAGUAACCGAAAACGUCACUAUUCGUCAAUACGAGUAUGAGAAGGGCGUUUUAGAGCAGCACCGAAAAGAGGCGAGUCAUGAAUUUCUCUCUUGGUUGAAUCAUGGUCACAAUAUCCUUCACGUCUCGGGAAAAGCUGGAUCGGGGAAGUCAACCUUGAUGAAAUUCAUUGCUUCCCAUGAAAAAUCACGGGAAGAACUCCAGAAAUGGGCUGGGGAGAAAACUCUUAUCAUAGGAAAGUUCUAUUUCUGGAACCCUGGGACUACGUUACAAAUGUCACUCGGGGGCCUUUAUAGAUCCCUUUUGUUUGCGAUUUUAAGUCGCUGCCCGGAAAUGAUCAAGUUAAUCUUCCCCUGCGAAUGGGAGAAACUCUAUAGAGAUAUCCCAGAAACCGAGAGGAAUAUCGGAGGACCGAUACCUCGCACACUGGCGGAGUUCUUGAUGAAUAGCAACCGCCGUCAUCACGAAUAUAAAUAUCUAUUCGAACAGGAAUUUUCAUCUGAACCGAAUCUCGAAAGGGCAUUUGAGGCCUUUAUACGCAAAUCUCGGCAUUCUCAUUAUCGGGUGUGUUUUUUUAUUGAUGGGCUUGAUGAGUGCGACGGUAACAGACUUGUCCAUGAAGAGUUGGCCCAAAAAAUAAAAUAUUGGACAGAAGGGGGUAAUGUCAAAGUUUGUGCAUCUUCUCGGCCAUAUAAAGAGUUCCACGACGUCCUAGGAUCUUCAGAGAUUCCAAGGUUACAUUUACAUUUACUGAACCGAUUUGAUAUCUGGACCUAUUGCGUCAAUCGGUUCAGCCACGACCGUGAAGCGAAGAAGAUGAAACAAUCAUAUAUGAGCAUAAUUAAUGAUAUUACCGAAAACUCCGAGGGUGUUUUCUUAUGGGCUCGCCUCGUUGUCGACAUUAUCCUCUUAGCUCUUCGUCAAGGCGACCCAUACCAUAUCCUGCAGGAGAAACUGGCCGAGAUCCCCAAAGAGUUGAAUUUGCUAUACUCUAAGUUACGUGAACCGAUAGAAAGGAGUAAGCUAAACAAAGAAAUGUCGAACAAAAUGCUCCUCCUUGCUUUACGGAACCCAACAAAUGAAGACCUGGACGCAAUUGUCUUCUCCUGGCUUGACAGAUGGGGAAAUGAUGGGAUAGAGGAUCCAGACUUUCCUAAAAUCAAUACGUAUUUCCCUUAUGACGAGAUGGAAUAUACGGAAAAAAUAGAAAAUGUGGAAAAGAAAAUGGAUGGUCUAACGCGAGGAUUUCUUGAGUUCAGCCCAACUAAUAGGAAAAGGGAAUCAUUUCUUCAGCCUUGGUUCAAUCGUACUAUUCAAUUCUCACAUAAGACGGCUCGAGACUUCCUUCUCCAACACGAAGGAGUUAUGUCAAACUUCGAAGAACCGUUUCCCCGUUUUAACUCAAGUUAUCCAUAUGGAAGAAUCCUUCUUGCCCAGCUUAUCCAUGGAUUUAGGGCAAUAUUAACCGGUGAUAAUUCAAAUACAAUAAACUUUUUGAAUUAUCUAGAAAGACUAUUCCCUGAACAUAUCAACGAUAUAAUCUGCCACAAAAUACAAGUUGAAAUCCAGCGAUUGUGGCCAUGGUUUCUAUUCUCCUUAAAAACCUACCAUCCCGACGCAACGUUAGGUUUCGAGUUUUACUCAAAUUUUGUCAACGCGAGUAUUCAACUUCCUCGGGUAUCUGAGGCCUAUGACCCAGCUAUGCUGCUCGCCGCCUUAGGUAGAAAAGAUUGGGUGUCCGCCGCCAAACACAUCAUUAGUGACGAAAUACUGGACCACCCGAUUCGCAUUGAAGCUUCUACGGGGAGGAAAUACUCUUUCUCUUGGCCCUUAUGGACCAUUGCGUUUAUUUUCAUUAUUAAUUAUCAAUUCUCAAACCAUGACUAUGCCAACAACGAUGUUGAUAGGAUACGUCAUACCUUACGUAAGCACGGAGAUGAGAGCGCGAAUAGCUUUCGGUUUGAAAUAUUUUGUUUGCAGAAUUACGAUAAGAAGGGAAACUGUCUUGACGUAGAGGUCCAAUGGGAUGUAUUGGCGAAUGUACUCGAAUUGGCGGGUAAACUGGCAAGAGAUGAGCCUGUGGCGUUCACCUCGAAAGAAGAUAUUGGAAUGACACACGAAUAUGGGAAUGAGGCACUUCGCCAUGUUGUGCAGCCUGGUCGGGGUAAUGCAGCUAUCAUCUUUCUCUCCGCUUUAUGGAAAGAUGAACAUUUAGAUUUUUCUUCCUACAUAAUUCCUGGAAAAAACAUUGUAUUUGAUUACAAUAUGAGAGAUUAA